AUGGACGGUGGUAUUACUAAGGAUGGCCUCUUUGCUGUCAAUAACACUGUCGCGCCAAAGCCUAGUAGCAUUCUAUCCUUGUUUAGCUUGAAGGGCAGGACGGCGGUGAUCAGUGGAGGUCCUGCUGGCAUUGGUUUCGCAGUUGCAAAGACAUAUGCCGAGGCUGGCGCAAAUGUCGCCAUCUGGUACAACAGCAAUGCCGUUGCUCACGAGCGUGCCGCCGAGAUUGAGAAGGAGUAUGGUGUCAGCUGUGAGUGGACCCCAAAGUUGAAUGCACGCGACCAGGAUGCUGACAAGAUUGAUGACAGGNNCAAGGCAUACAAAGUCAACGUUACAGACGCCGAAGACGUAAAGAAAGGCCUCACCCAGAGUGUUCAAGACCUCAACGGACGCCUUGAUAUCUUCGUCGCCAACGCCGGUAUUCCAUGGACUCAGGGCAAUAUGAUCGAUGGAGAGCUGGACCACUACCGCAAAGUCAUGACAACAGACGUAGACGGCGUAUACUACUGCGCACGCGCCGCCGGCGAGAUCUGGAGGCGGCAAGCCAAAGAAGGCACCGACAUGAACGGCAACAAGCUCGUAAAUUACUCAUACGGAUCUUUCAUCACGACUGCGUCGAUGUCAGGCCACAUCGUCAACUACCCACAAUUACAAUCAGCGUACAACGCAGCAAAGGCCGCCGUGCUACACUUGACCAAGUGUCUGGCGGUUGAAUGGGUCAAGAUUGCGAGAUGCAACUCUGUCUCGCCCGGAUACACCGCGACAGAACUUACAACAUUCGUGCCUGAGGAGACAAAAGGCAUCUGGAGGAGCAAGAUCCCCAUGGGUCGUGAAGGCGAGCCUCAUGAGAUGCGCGGCGCAUACUUGUACUUAGCUUCUGAUGCUGCUUCUUACACGACUGGCGCAGACAUCAUCGUUGACGGUGGUUACUGCUUGCCGUGA